AUGGUGCUGCAGUGCAACGAAGGCUCUCUGGUCUUGUUCUCGGCCACCCUCAGCUACAUGGGCUUCUUGGAGGCCGUCUGCUUCAUGGUGGCCUUCCUAGCCAGGGAGCUGCGCGGAGCCUUCAACAAGGCCAAGCUGAUCACCUUCACUCAAGUCUGGAAAAUGAAGGCUAAUUGUGGAAUUGCGGACAUUGAACGUUUGAAGCCAGACCUCGGAGAGCCCGUUGCCAAAUGCCGGUUUCCGGCAGCCCCUCUGGAGGAAUGUUUGCCCCAGGCUCGCGUCCUCCAAGAGUUCUUUGGCAAGAAUCCUUCCAACAUCCAUGAUGUCAGGCAGAAGUUCAACUGGGACGCAAGCUUCUACCCCCGGGAGAUCGAGGUCCGCUGGCUGAAGAACGGGCGACGGGCGACGGAGGGGGUCUUCUACGGGGAGGAGCUGCACAAUGGGGACUGGACGUACCAGACCCAGGUGAUGCUGGAGGACACCCCCCAGCGCAGAGACGUCUACGCCUGCCAGGUGGAGCACGCCAGCCUGGAGACGCCCAUCACCGUGCAGUGGGAGCCACGGACUUCUGAGUCGGCCAGGAGCAAAGUGUGGACGGGGGUCGUGGGGGCCCUGCUGGGCGUGGUCUACCUGGCCGUGGGGCUCUCCCUCUACCUGAGGAGCAAGAAAGCGUCUCCUGUCCAGCCACCUGCAGCACUUAUCGGCUAGUCCACCAGGGCACAGGUGGAGAGGAAGACACUUCCAUUCUUCCUGCUGGAGCUCAGCUUUUCGAUUCUGUCCUUGCGGGACGCGAAGGUGAAGGGGCUGGAAGCUGCGGAUUGGCACGAGGAGGAGAACCGCAGCUGAAGCUGCUCCUGCAAAGACCACCUGGCUUUCCCUGAUUUCCUGCCUGCUUUUGCUUGGGUGGGUGGGGGGUGAAGGGGUGGGACUCAUCCUGCCAGGCGCCCAGAACACGCCUGCCCAUCUUCUCUGGAUUUCGCCUCAAGAGCCAGAAUUUUUGGCUUGGUUGGUAUUCAUCCUGUGGAGUCCCAUGUUCCUGAUCAAGGGUAAGAGAGGCCAUGUUCCCUUCCUCACCCGCUGGACCCAACAGGUGCCCUCUGAAGGGGCAGCACUGAGUCACUCCUGGCCAGCUUCCGCUUCACCCGGAGCUGCUGCAAUUCCAGGGCUUGGAAUCCUGAAAGCUUCGCUCGCACUUGCAGGCUGACUUCGCACCAAUAAAUUCUGUUCUUGCCUGAAUGAAGAAUGAUCAGAAAA